GAGAAAAAGACAACCAAAAUAGGAUAAAGAAAGAAACAAAAAACAAUAUCAAAAAACUUACUCGUAUUGUUAUCUGGGAGCUCUGUGUUAAUUCUUUUUACAAAGAUGGCAACGGAAAAUAUCAAGCUAUCUACUGCUAAACCUGCAGCGACCGAUUCGUGUAGAAAGAAGAAGUCCGAUGAUGCAACUUUCCUAGAGGAUGUUAAGGAUCACAUUAACGAGUUCGUUAAUGCUUCCAUGGAAGAACACAAGAACUGCUUCAAAAAGUCCAUUUCAAAGAUGUUUGGAAUGUCUAAGAUUGUGGCGGAAAGAGAAGCUGCUGAAAAGAAGGAAGUUGAGAGCACAUUACCCCUUCGUACAGUUGUUACCGAUUAGAAUGUUAACCGUAAUGGCCUAAUUACUCGAUGUUUGUUAUAUUUCUGUUGGUUUACGUAAUGCAUGAUGUGCAGAGUUAAUGAUAAGGGAAAAUUCUAGUAUAAAACGUAAUUUGCAGUUGUCGUGUGUAUGACUGCAUUUUUAAUUAGCCUAUCAGCAUAUUUUUCAA